AUGGCGGGGGAGUCCCUCACUUACUACUGGGUUAGAAGCACAGUCAGCGGUCAUGACAACGUCGCCAUUGGUAACAUACCACUGGAGACUAAUUAUCAGAUAUCGUAUGCACCGGAUGAAGGCAGAUACGACCUAAUGGUGUCCAAUGUUUCGUACGAGCGCGACAAUGGGAAAUUCGAGUGCCGUGUGAAAGCUGGCGGGUCAGGGCGCGCGCUUCACUCGCAGGGUCACGCCCUGGUGGUACUGACACAACCUCGCGCACCAGUGCUGUCGCCAGGGCCCCACGCUCAAGCGCAAGAAGGAAGGGAGAUCAAACUAUCCUGCUCUAGCUCGGGAGGUUCGCCUGAACCUUCGAUCAAGUGGUACAGAAAUGGAGCGACUUAUCCGUUAGAGGCGGCUGUUGUUCACGGGAAAACACGUGCGGAGGCGUCGACUGCUACGCUCACACUGAUACCGACCAGAGAAGACGAUGGUGCUACCUUCCGCUGCAUGGUCUGGAAUCGCGCUAUGCCAGAAAACAACCAACUGGAUGCUACCGUUGAGCUCAGUGUUAAUUAUUUUCCUCGAGUUGAAGUCGGACCAGAAAAUCCGCUGCGAGUUGAAAUCGACGGCAGCGCGACAAUGGAGUGCAAAGUGGAUGCCAAACCCAAAGUGAACUCUGUACGAUGGACUAGAAAUGGAAAAUAUAUCUCAAACUCAUUCACACAUACCAUCCAAGGUGUGACUAUCCAGGAUGCGGGUAAAUACACCUGCUCUGCUGACAAUGGACUAGGUCAUCCAGGAGAAAAAGAGAUUUAUCUAGAUGUGCUAUUCCCUCCUAGUGUCACUGUUGAAUCUAAAACAUACGAAGCAGAAGAAGGUGGCACCGUUGAGAUACAAUGUGAAGUGACUGCAAAUCCUGACCCUAUAACUGUCGAAUGGACAAUGGAAGGCAAGCCAGAGUUUCAUCAAAAAGGCAACACCCUCUUGCUCACCAAAGUUAACGCUGAUAUGGCAGGAACCUACAACUGUCGAGCGGUGAACGUCAUAUCAUCUGUUAAUGGGAAAAGAGUAGAACGCUCAAGUACUGCUUCUGUUGCUGUUCUGGUACGACAUAAGCCCGGUAGAGCUAGAAUUAGUCCCGAUCGUCCAGUUGCACAAGAAGGUACUGGUGUUACCCUAACAUGUAGUGCCAAGCCACCAGGCUGGCCUGCUCCACAAUACAGGUGGUUCCGUGAUAUAGAAAAUUCAGAUACAAAACCAGCACAAGCUCUAGCAACCGGUAAUAAGUACACUAUACCGAGUGCACAUCUCGGCAGCGAAGGAGUUUACCACUGUCAAGCCACUAAUGAACUAGGCCACGGAGAAUUGGCUGCAGUCACUCUAGAAGUCCAUCAACCGCCCCGAUUUCAGGUUAAACUACAACCACAUUUGACAAAACGUUCCGGUGAACAAGACUUUUCAGUAUCUUGUAGUGCGCUUGGUAAACCCCGUCCUAACAUCAAAUGGUUCAAAGAUAACACUGAAAUAAAAUUGGAUACUAACUUGUACGAAGUUCAAACAGAUACAACAGAAGGCAGAAACUCUGUUUAUAACGUGCAAAGUACGCUAAGAUUUUACGGGAAAGCUAGACCUAACACUAACGACUUGCUUCCGGAAGACAGGGGCAUAUAUUCGUGUACUUUUGAAAACGAAGUUAAGAAAGUAGAGUCUACAAUGCAUCUUCGAGUUGAGCAUGAACCCAUACCAGUCAAACUUCAAACUAAAGUCGCCUAUGAUGUAAUGGAAACUGCAGAAAUAUUAUGUCGAGUUCAAGCCUUCCCUAAGCCCGAGUUCCAAUGGUUUUAUGGAUCACAUACAGCACCGCUACAGAUGUCCUCAGACGGUCAUUACGAAAUAAACACGACCACAGACAAUAAUGACUCAUACCGCAGCGUGUUGAAAAUUAAAGUUGUGAAACCUCAGGACUAUGGGGACUAUUACUGUAACGUGAAAAACAUGCUCGGUAGUAUUAGACCACAGAUCCGAUUACAACCGAAGGGUGCACCAGAGUCGCCACGAGCUUUAACGAGCCAAAAAGUAGGUCCUUCAUACGUCACUCUGAAGUGGGAAGCUGGGUUCGACGGUGGAUUAACAAGCACGAAAUAUUUUGUUCGAUAUCGGAGAGUGAUGACUCGUCGCUCAGACGGGUCGGCACACAACGCAGUUAGUUCCGAUUGUACUGCAGAAAAAUCAAAUUUCGAAUGGAUGGAAUAUGAUUGCGGCAGAGCUAACCCUUGCAACGUCACUCGCCUAGAACAACACAAUUCCUACUCUUUCAAGGUUAAAGCUGUGAAUACAAAGGGUCAAAGUAACUACUCCAAUGAGAUUACGGUGACGACAAAAGUAGAUAAGAUUCCACCUCCCGAACAAGUGACGUAUGACCCGACUACGAAGACGGUGGCGUUCAGCGUCAGUCCCACAUGCCUAGCCUUGAUGGGAGUUGCGGAAGGGUUAGGAGGAAUUGCUGGCUCCGGCGGAUGGCAGGUGGUAGAUACAAUGCCACUCAAGCUGUCUGGUUCGACGUCCAUGUUGCAAGAAGCUGUUCUCGAAAUCCCCAAUAAACCGAGCCGUAAGGCCAGUCGUGUGCUCAGCGACCAACCGUUAGACGACCUCAACCCUCGCAUCAGGCUCAAACUGUGUUUACAAGUUAACCAAGAGAUCUGCAGCGAAUACACGGAAGCUGAGAUUGGUCCAGCAUAUGUGAAGAAAGAGCCGGAUAUGCUUGUUACCUUAUUGACGACAAUGAUCGUCUUCGUAGUACUAGUAGUGGUAGUAUGGUUGUUGUUCCUGUACUGCCGUUCGAAACGAAACGAAGUUAAAAAAGUGCGAAAUAAAGAUCACGAGCUGGAUUCUAUGAAAUCUGCGAUGGAGUCCAUGAAGUCACAGAACCAAGCGCCUCCACCGUACACUUAUGCCAGUACUGGCAUGGAGAAUAAAGCACUGGAACAUUCUAUGGACUUGCCAUUGUCCAUCGAUGAUUCCAAAAACACAGUGUACGCGACGCAAGGGGGCUACACCUACCGCCCCUCGCACGCGCAGGUACACCCUGGACAAAAUAUACCCAAUUCAGAAUGGACGUACGUCGACAGUUAUACGAAUAGUAACAACGGUGGCAGCGUGAACUCGCAGGACUCGAUGUGGCAAAUGAAGAUGGCCGCAAACGGGGUGGUUGGGAUGCCAGGCCAUCAGUUGUUGGAGCGACAGAGUAAUUACGAGUACGAUCCGAUCGCUCACGGCGGGUACUCUACUAUGGAAGAGUAUGCGCCGUACCAGCGGCUGCCGCACGCGCAGCCAACGGCGGAUUAUAUGCGCGCCGCACACAAUCCCUCGCGCCAGGACUACUGCUCAGACCCGUACGCUUCCGUACAUAAACCCAAGAAACGUAUUGAUCAACAUAUGGAAUCGCCUUACCACGAGGUAAGCGGUCUGCCGGAGGCGUACGACGGCGGCCCCAGCGGCGACGCGGCGGACGACAAGCCCGCUCACCUCUCGCUCAGUUACGACGAGUCGCUCGAAUCCGGCUAUUCCACACCGAACACACGCUCGCGACGGGUUAUCCGCGAGAUUAUUGUCUGAGAACAGACCCGCAUAGGUGUAGCUAAAGGGGAUAGACAUGGGCACAAAACCAACUCGAUGCCAGAAAAUUAUGAAAUUGUCAUUGAGAGUCAUUACUUAGCCCCUAUCCCCGAAAAUCAUACUAGCUACACCAAUGCUGCUCUAGGCCCUGUCGAAAGAGUUAAGCUCUAAUGUACAACCGCCCACCGUUUCACGAACACUCAACUAACAUAUGCCUUACUUACUUGUCGCAUAACUACGAGACGUGACGUUCGUAAUCAACUCUAAGCUCAACUCAAAAGUAUUUGUACUUUCACAUUUGCUAAGUUUAUUAUCUGAGUUUGCUUUAGGGGAUGGACAGCUAAAAUAAAUGAUGUCCCACUAAUAUACGUUUUUACAGCUCUAAAAUGUUACUUACGUUGAUCUUUUAAGCGAAUCUGCUGAAAAUCCCAAUUCAUAAUCUCCGAUUACAAACGAAUAGUACAUUAAAUGUCAAUUAAAAACAAAUUUCUUCACUUUAAAUAUUGGAACUGAAUUUGUAUUUCAACGUAUUGAUUUUCAAUACUUUACCAAAAGUUCACAUUGAAUUUCUGGUAACAUUCAAUACUAUGGGUAUAAAGAUAUACCUAUGGCUGUUAAUUUAUUUACUUCUAACGAGAAAGAAAUUAGAAUUGACACGAGGAACGUGUGCCUAAAUACAU